UCGGAACAUCUCCGAUCCGACGAUCUCCUAAUUUCAAAUUACUUUAGUCCGAACCGCGGCACUAUCACUUGGAUACCUCAUCACUAUCAGAUAAUUUGUCUGGUUGAUAAGAAAAGAUUAAAUAUUAAGCUAGUGUGUGUUGUGUUGAUUUAGAUCUGUCUCGAGUUCUAAGUGUGUUGUUUUUUUUAUUUAAAUAUAAGUUAUAUAUUUAUUUAUUUGGUGUUGUUCAUCCAACAAAUGGUGGAUUACUGCAAGUACAAAAUGUCAGGCAGCGACGAAGAAUUUGACCAACAAACCCAGUCUGGAAUGUCCAAAGCGGAAUUGCGUAGGAGUAAUAAACCGAUCAUGGAAAAAAGAAGACGAGCGAGAAUAAAUCAGUGCCUUGAUGAAUUAAAAAGUCUUAUUUUGGAAGCCAUGAAAAAAGACCCGUCACGUCAUUCCAAACUGGAGAAAGCAGACAUACUUGAGAUGACAGUAAAGCACUUGCAGUCUGUACAGCGUCAGCAAUUGAGCGCUGCUGUAGCAACUGAUCCAGCUGUAUUGACUAAAUUCCGCACGGGAUUCUCUGAAUGCGCUGGUGAAGUCACUCGUUAUGUCAAUCAUCUCGAGAACGUGGACACGUCGGUAAAACAGCGAUUAGUGUCGCACCUCAACAACUGUGUCAACAAUCUUCAGCAGAUGGCGCCCUUUUACGGCCACUAUGUGCCCUAUAUGCCGGAGAGACUCUUCCCGGAGGUUAAGGUCGGAUUCCAGGGAGACUUCCACAGUGGAGAUGAGAACAACAACGCCAGUGCUCGGAUACAGAUUCCAAGUGGCGUGCAGUUGAUACCCAGCAGACUACCAACCGGAGAACUGGCGCUUCUGGUUCCGCAGUCAGCAGGAAUUUCAGCGAAUUUUCCCUUCUUUCCACCAGCUAACGAGUCCCGGGUUUCUAGGACCAGUUCUGCGUUCACUCCAGUCCAUCGAUCACACAGUCCGCUGCUGAGUCCAUCAACUUCGACAUCCAGCUUUGGGGAGGAAUGUCACGGGGAAUAUCGUCAAACGGAAUCGCCAGGUCGGUUCAAGAUCCCAGCUGACCACAGCUCCACUUCCUCGAAGAGUUUUUCCUCCCCGGAGACUCAGAAGGCCCAAAUCAGCUCGAGCAGUGAUAGGAAGUCACCCUCAGCUUUUGUGGACCCCAAGCAUCCAGAUGCACCGAGAAGGGAAGAGGAAGUAUCAAGAGUUCGUCAACCUCUUUCAGUCAUCACUGACAAAACCUACAAUCGGGCCUUUCAAAGAAAGGAUUUGAAAAGACACAAUUCCGAUGGUCUUCUUGUCAUUUCCGAAAAAAGGCCCAAGUACUCAGAAGCCUCAAGCUCCUCGUCCAUCAAUUCCGGGCUUCAUUCAACCAGACAGGAGUUCGCACAUUCAGUCGAAGACUUGUCCGGAAGAUCGAAUCUCGCCACGAAAAAUAGAAACGUAACAAACCCCCCCGCUGCAGCCUCUUCCCAGGCGAAUGCCGAUAUGUGGAGACCCUGGUGAUCUCCAGACGUUUUCUACCACAAAAUUAGUCUAGAAAAUUUAUUAUUACAUUUUAUUUUCUGUAUAUCAACUAAAAGACCUUUUGGUUUGCCUGUACGGGUUUAGUUUUUAAGGUUUUCGUGAUAAUUUUUUUUCCGAAUUUAAUUUAAUCGAUUGAAAAAAAAAAAGUGCUCUUAUUAAUUUCAAAAUGGAAUUUUGAAAAUAUCAAAGCUUUAAACUGAUGUACAAUAUUGUAAAUAUUAAUUAUAAUAUAUAAUA